UGGCUCCCGGUCCCGCCCGGAGGCUCUGCCCGGUCGUACCGGCGCUGUCCCGGUGCGUGCCGGGCUGUCCCGGCGGUGCCGGUGGGGCCCGGUCCGGCCCGGAUGGUGCUGCCCGGGGCCCGAGCCGCGCCGUGAGCCCCGAGCGCUCCGCAUGGACCCCCGCGGGAUGCGGCCCGGGCCGCCGCUGCUGCUGCUCGGCUUCCUGCUCGCCGUGACCGGCGGUGGCCGCGUGGAGGUGCCGCGCAGCGUGACGGCCGUGCUGGGGCAGGACGUGGUGCUGCCGUGCCGGUACCGGGCGCAGGAGCAGGAGCAGGUGGUGCAGGUGACGUGGCUGAAGCGCGGCCCGGGCGCGGUGCCCGCCGAGGUGGCCGUGCUGAACCCGCAGCACGGCGAGCACGUGCAGGAGCCCUUCGCCGGCCGCGUGCUGCGCCACGGCCACGGCGACCUGGGCGACGGCGCCAUCGUCCUGCGCAACGCCGUGCAGGGCGACGAGGGCGACUACGAGUGCCACCUGAUCACCUUCCCCAUGGGCAGCUUCGAGGGGCGCCUGACGCUCCGGGUGCUGGUGCCCCCGCUGCCCAUCCUGAACCCGGGCCCGCCGCUGGAGGAGGGCCAGGGCCGGACGCUGGCGGCCUCGUGCACGGCCGAGGGCAGCCCGGUGCCCUCGGUGCGCUGGGAGACCGAGGUGCGCGGCACCAACGCCACGCGGCGCUCGGCCCACGCGCGCUCGGCCUCCGUCACCAGCGAGUUCUUCCUGGUGCCCGGGCGCAGCAUGAACGGCAAGAGCCUCACCUGCGUGGUGGCACACCCCGGCCUGCGCCACGAGAAGAGGAUCACGCACCUGCUCAGCGUCGCCUACCUGUCGGACGCGUCGGUGCUGGGCCACACGGCCGAGUGGCAGGAGGGGAUGGAGGGGGCGGCGCUGACCUGCCUGGGGGACGGCAACCCCCCCCCGACCUACAACUGGACACGGGUGGACGCGCCGCUGCCCGCGGGUGUCAGGGUCAAGGGGGACACGCUGCUGUUCCAGCGGCCGCUGGCCGUGGCCGACGCCGGCGACUACGUGUGCCGAGUGUCCAACCGCGUGGCCGCCAAGGAGGCGCGGGCCAACGUCAGCAUCCGGGGACGCGCCACAGAGGACACGGUGCGCCGCGUGGACCUGGUGUCGGCCUCGGUGGUCGUGGUCGGGGUCAUCGCCGCCGUCCUGCUCUGCGUCCUCGUCAUCGUCGUGGUGGUCAUGACCCUGUACCACAAACGCAAGACCCAGCGCAUCUCCGAGAAGUACGAGGAGGAGCUGACGCUGACCCGGGAAAAUUCCAUCCGGAGGCUCCACUCCAGCCACAGCAGCGACCCCCGGGCACAGCUGGAGGAGACGCUGCAGCUGCGGACGGAGAGUCGCCAGGGCAGCCUGCGAGGGGACAGCUUGAGAGGGGACAGCCUGCGGGGGGACAGCCUGCGGGGGGACAGCCUGCGUGGCACCAGCAUCUGCUCCGCCAUGAGCGAGGAGCCCGAGGGCCGCAGUUACUCCACGCUCUCCACGGUGCGGGAGAUCGAGACGCAGACCGACGUCCCCGUUGUCCCCGCGGUCCCCGCGGUGCCAGCGCCGCCGGCGCCCGGCGCGAAGGAGCCCAAGGAGGAGGAGGAGGAGGGCGGCGGCGGGGGGGACCCCAUCAAGGCGGCCAUGACGCACUUCGUGCAGGAGAACGGCAUGCUGCAGGCCAAGCCCAGCUCCAACGGCAUCUACAUCAACGGCCGCGGCCACCUGGUGUGACCGGGCCCGGGGGGACCCUGG